AAACACCAAUUAUUUAUUAAUUAAGUUUUUUUUUCUUAUCAAUUUAUUCUUUUUCUUCUCUACCUAUUACAAACAGACAAAAGCCAGUAGACGAAACCAGCCCUCGUUUCUCUCAUUUUCCUCUCCAUUUUCUCGGUAAAAAGGAAGUAUGGGGAAGGGCCCUGGUCUGUACUCCGAUAUAGGAAAAAAGGCUAGAGAUCUUCUUUACAAGGAUUACCAGGCCGACCACAAAUUCAUUGUCACUACUUGCACUUCCAAUGGAAUCGCAAUCACAUCAACUGGGAUUAAGAAAGGUGAAUUGCUGUUGGCUGAUGUAAGCACUCAGCUGAAGAACAAGAACAUCACAACUGAUGUGAAAGUCGACACUAAAUCAAAUCUUUUCACCACUGUCACUAUUGAUGAACCUGCACCCGGAUUGAAGACUAUCUUUAGUUUCAUUGUCCCUGAUCAAAGGUCUGGCAAGGUGGAACUGCAAUACCAGCAUGAAUAUGCUGGCAUAAGCACUAGCAUCGGAUUGACUGCAAAUCCCCUUGUUAAUUUCUCUGGUGUGGUUGGAAACAAUUGUCUCUCUGUUGGGACUGAUCUCUCAUUUGACACUGCCAGUGGGAACUUUACCAAAUUGAAUGCUGGGUUGAAUUUCACCCAUGCUGACCUCAUUGCUUCCCUGACGUUGAAUGAUAAAGGUGACAGUCUUAACGCUUCCUACUACCACAUUGUUAGCCCAUUGACUAACACAGCAGUUGGUGCGGAGCUGACACAUAGCUUUUCAAGUAAUGAGAACACUCUCACAAUUGGUACGCAGCAUGCUCUUGACCCAUUGACCACAGUGAAGGCUUGUAUGAACAACUAUGGCAGAGCAAGUGCAUUGAUCCAGCAUGAGUGGCGUCCAAAAUCUCUCUUCACAAUCUCUGGAGAAGUGGACACCAGAGCAAUUGAAAAGAGUGCUAAGGUUGGGUUGGCCUUGGCACUCAAGCCAUAGGCAAAGCUAUUAUUGUUGUGUGAAUGAAGGCAGGCCUUGAUUUUGAUUGGUGGAGGCAUGAAGAGAAAUAAUGUACAAGGAUUUGAUGGACGUGGAUUGUAAAAUUAAUUGUGAUUGGCUUAACUAAAAUUAGCAAUUUGUUUUCUUGAAUUACCAAUGGCAUAAAGUUCUGUUGAACAAA